AUGACAGAUAAAACCACCUCUUCAUCGAGAUCUCGGAAAGCAAACGCUCCUAUUAGCAAAGAGAACUCCAAUACCAUUAACACAGCAAACAAUAUAGAAGCUGGUGAAAGUAGCCUAGUAACUAGUAUAUUAACUAGCGGCCUAAAACAACAGGAUAAUUCACAAAGAGAUAAGUCGAAUGCGAAUCAGUUAGAACAGACGUCCGAGCGACGAGAUGACAAUACACAACAAACGACAAGCUUGUCCAAGAGCCCGAGAAAGAACGUAACAACAUCUAGACCCGAUAGUCAAUCAAAGUCAAUAGCCCUAUCGAAAGGCAAAGCACCGGAAAUCAUCGGUGAAGACUACAUAUCCAUACUAUCCGGAAAGCCAUCCAAUGCAUUGAACAAUCAUGAUCAAGUCACCCGGAAGUCGACAAGUGUAGAAUGCGAAGCGUCGAAAUCGAUUGACCUAGUAGAUGAGGUGGAUUUAAACGACAGUGGUUCAGUCUGGAAGCACGCCUUAUCAUUGGCAGCUGAAGGUUCUAUUGAAGAAGCAACGAUGUAUUUCAAAAUCCACGCCACGUUGUCAUGUAAAUCGAAUAAGAAGAUUAAGGAUCUAGAAGACCAUCCAAGCAGCACACUGUCCGAAUCAAAUGCAGAAGUGGUAACUGAAGGAGGAAUAACCUUCAUUCCCGGAGCAAUAACUUCACACACCGACAUCGGCUUCACUCCGUACUUCGACCGAAACUUACGUGAACUGAAAGGCCCAAUCCCCCUAACGAUCUUUAACAAACAUUGGCAAGAUCUAGCCAACGGGUAUCAUGUUGAGAAAAGAGUCAAAACCGAUAACAUCAACAAAGACACAACGACUUACACAGGAUACCCAUACCCACACGAGAUGACCCAAUCCUACUCAAUGUGGAAUGUAAACUAUCGUAACUUCGUCACCACUCUUCGAGAUGUCUAUAAGUUCAAGUUGUUCGCGUCUUGGGCGGAAGCUCACCAAGCAAAUGUCGAGUUCUAUCACGCUAGAGACAAUUGGAUGACGGCUUUCCGGUACGAUAUCAAGAUCAGAAUGAACGCUUUCGCUUUCAGAGUUUCCGAAAACGGGAAAACAGCACCACCUGACAUAUCUCAACGAAGAGACGACGUUGCAGCGCUAUGUUUUGCUGAGUCAAGACGCCUAGAUGAAGGAUCCUUCACAGACAACCCUUACGCGAAAGGUGGAGCGCGUUUCGGAUUUGAUUGGACAACUGGUUUACCAAGAUCCUCGAACAAUUCUUCAUCUCACAACAUUAAUUCUCAUUCAUACAACCAGAACAACUCCUCUCUGAAUCAUAACAAUUUGAAUUCCUUCCAUUCAAACAAUGGGCCUGUAAACGACAAUCAGUCUUCAAACUAUCAUCAGAACCCUCACGGUAGUACCAGUAAUAAUCACAGAAGGCCUAGCAAUCGUCAUGAAAAUAGUCAUCAUAACGGUAGAGGAAGAAGCGGUUAUAACGGACGAAACUUUGAUCCAAACUACGCCGCAAAGAAAGAUGCAUUAGCUGCUGCUAAACAAGCGCAGAAUGGUAACUCCGGGUAA